AUGCCCAGGUCCUUCCUGGUCAAGAAGGUCAAACUUGACACGUUCUCCUCGGCGGACCUCGAGAGCUCCUACGGGCGCGCCCGCAGCGACCUCGGAGUGCGACUGCACGAGAAAGGAUACCUCAGCGACUACGCGGGGCCCGCCUCCGUCUACGAUGGCGAUGCCGAGGCGGCCUUGCUCAAAGGGCCGUCCCCAGAGCCCAUGUACGCGGCGGCCGUGCGUGGAGAACUGGGCCCGGCGGCCGCGGGCUCGGCACCGCCUCCCACCCCGCGCCCAGAGCUGGCCACAGCCGCGGGCGGCUACAUCAACGGCGACGCGGCGGUCAGCGAGGGCUACGCGGCUGACGCCUUCUUCAUCACCGACGGGCGCUCGCGCCGUAAAGCAGCCAACGCCGCCGCUCCCUCCACGGCCUCCGCGGCGGCUCCCGACGGCGACGGCGGAGGCGGGGCCGGGGCGGGCGCGCGCGGCGCGGGGGCCGGGGCCGCGGGCCGGGGCGGCGCGCGCGCGGGGGUGAGCACGGAGGCGCGCGCGGGGCCCGGGGCCGGCGGCGCAGGGGGCCGGCACGCGUGCGGCGAGUGCGGGAAAACGUACGCCACGUCGUCGAACCUGAGCCGCCACAAGCAGACGCACCGCAGCCUGGACAGUCAGCUGGCGCGGCGCUGCCCGACGUGCGGCAAGGUGUACGUGUCCAUGCCGGCCAUGGCCAUGCACCUGCUCACGCACGACCUGCGCCACAAGUGCGGCGUGUGCGGCAAGGCCUUCUCGAGGCCCUGGCUGCUGCAGGGCCACAUGCGCUCCCACACCGGCGAGAAGCCCUUCGGCUGCGCGCACUGCGGCAAGGCCUUCGCAGACCGCUCCAACCUGCGCGCGCACAUGCAGACGCACUCGGCCUUCAAGCACUUCCAGUGCAAGCGCUGCAAAAAGAGCUUCGCGCUCAAGUCCUAUCUCAACAAGCACUACGAGUCCGCAUGCUUCAAGGGCGGCGCGGGCGGGGGCGGCCCCGCGGCCCAGGCGCCCGCCGCCUCGCCGCAGCUCAGCCCCGUGCAGGCCUAG